UGGCAGAUGGUUAUUUUGUCAAUUUACCAAAAACCAGACGGAACAUUACAUUCAUCAUAACACUUUGUGAGUUGUAUAAUGCAUUUAGACUCAUUCCAUAUAUUUAUAAUUGAAAAUUGUUGUUUAAUUUCUGAUUUCGUAGAAAAUGAGUAGUGAAAAUCAAAACGACGGUGAACAAACAAAUGGUGGUGGAAAAACAGACGAAGUCGAUGGUUAUCAAAAGCUCAAUGAAAUCGAAAUAGUUGAACAAGCCAAAAGUGAAAUCGAUGUCGCACCAUCCAUCGAACUAUCACUGACACAAUCACAGCACGAUUGUGAGAAUAUCAAUGAAUUCACAUAUGAGGCGACAGAGACGAGCAUCGAAAAUGAUUUGCUGACAGAGAAUGUCCGAUUGAAGGAGGCACUUAGCAAAACAAAAGAACAAUAUGGCAACAUACAAGGUCUUUUGCGACACAAUGAAGAGGUGAUUGAGGUGCAAAAAAAAGAACUGUCUCUACUUGAAUCAGAGAAAAAUGCAUUGCGUCGUGAAUAUGAAACCGGAAAAAAGGAAAAAGAGCAAGCCGUCGUACGGUAUGUGAUGCUGGAAAAGAAUAUCAUCGAUGCAAAUGCGGCAAAAGAUUUAUCGGCACGAAAAUUACGCGAUUCACAAAAAGAAGUCGAAGCACUUACCAAUCGGCUAAAAUUCGUUUGCGGUGAACGUGACAGAGCGCACAAAGAGAUGCGCGACCAUAUUCGCGAGAAUGAAAAUUUGAAAUACGAUUUACAAACAUGUGAAACGAAACUCAAGUGGAACCAACGGAAUUUAACGCAAGAAAAAGCGUUAAAAUUAGAAUUGGAAAAGAAAUUGAAUGAGGCAACCGAGCAAUUGAAUCAAUUGAACGAGCAACGUCAACACGAAAUCGAUACGGAAAAAAAGUGUGAACGAGAACAAGGCGCUCAAAUGAUUAUGCUGAAGCAUAUGAUUGACGAGAAAGAUCGAAAUAUUGCACAAUUGCAAAAGAGCUUGAGUGACUUGAGAUCGGAAUUUACGAUAAUUUUCGAGAAGAAUGAAAAUCUAACGAAAGAUCUCGAAUUGGAGAAGGAAAAGUCGGAAGCGGUACAGGAUAAACUUCAUGAAAUGGAAACAUCCAUGACCGAAAAGAGUCGGUCAUACGAAGACCUCCAGUCAAAACUCGAGCUGAGCGAAAGUAAUUUAAGUAAUCAGAGAAGUGAAAACGAGAGUAUGAUAAAGGCCAUCAACAAAUUGAAGUAUAUCGAAGAGUGUUACAAGGAGCAAUCGGAAGAGAUGGCCACAUUGCGCAAGAAAGAGGAUGAAUUUUUGGCGCUGCUGAAAGAUUUAACAGAAAAAUGCGUUUUAGUGGAGAAUAAAUUGAUUUUAGCGAAUUCAAAAUCGUCCGCACUGAUGUUAGAUAAUGAGCGACUGAACAAAGAGCACAAGACAAAAGUGAAGCUAGUCAAAGACAUGGAAGAUGAACUGAUCAAGGCGAAACUGAAGCAUAAUGAUGAAAUUAAAUUGUUCAAUCGCAUUUUGGCCGAUGAGAAAAACCACAGCGAAACAUUGCGAAACCAAUUGGACAAUGUUAUUGGUGAUUUGGAGGCGUCAAAGAAUAAGCAUUCUCAAGUUGUGAAAGAAUUGAACCGUGAAUUGACUACACUGCGGAAACGGUCGAACGAAUCGUCUCCGUCGGCUGACAGCGGUUUUGGGACGGAUGGAGAAGCACGACGACACACCGAACAACAAUCAACUUCCAACGUCACACCGAAUGAUAAUCAAGAACCGUCAAAGAAAGCACUCAUCGAUCGAAUCGUAAAACUCCAACGUCAAUUGGCCAAACAAACGGAGAAAAUUGAAUUUUUGGAAAAUCAUUGUGUCGCAUUGUACAAUGAACUGAAGGCCAAAACAUCGUAACCUAUGAGAGGUGUACCUGAUCCAUUAAAUGGCAUUAAACGAUAGAACAAUGGUUAAAUGAACUGAACUGAAUAUUGAAAUGGAUUCCACAUGUUAUAUCAAUUUAGUUUAUGUUAUCUCUGUAAAUAAAGAGCGAGAUUUCCUUAUGAUUUUGCAAAAAUUUGUGUGGUUUUUUCUUUCUUU